UUCGCUUCCUUCCUUUUUGGCCCGGUAUUCUUGCUCCCGUUCUCUUCCCGGUGUCAACGAUGAACAGCAGGGACGAGUGUCGGGAGUGGCAACACCAUCAUCGCCGCAAGCACCUUCGCCACCGCCUCUUGCGCCGCUCAAGCCAUCGCUUAUCUCAAGCACCACCAUCGCCGCCGCCACAGCAGCUUCUCCAGGCAAAGCGGGUGGAGCUAUUGGGGAAACAACGCUGCUCCUCCCCUUCGACGCGGACCAUGGCCUCACGGACGCCCUUCUCCGACACCACCAACAACUCCAACAGCACAACAGCCCUCGACCCAAAGCACAACAACCACGCUCGCCAACUACCCCACCAAGAUGACGGUGCGGUAAACACGUCCCCAACACUUACCAUUCGACAAAGGAGAGGCAGCAGGUCUGCCGGUGACCAUGUGCAGGGAUGCACGUCCCCGUUUCAUAACCAACACCAACACCAUCCACUCUCGCUGCCACGCUCAACGACAAUCACGCCGCCCUCUGGCCACGCGGCACCGACCACGCCAACCACGCCGGCACAACCCAGAUUGUCAUCAUCGUCAUCAGUGGCGGGGACGCAGCCGCUGAAUAAGACGCCCACGUCGACCGGUGGAAAGUAUCCAAAGACGCACCGCCGCUUCUUCAACGCCCGCACGCGCUCUUCUCCGCUCAUGCCCUCACACCACCCGGCCGACCACGUCCUCGGCAAGAUCCGGUCAUCGGCGCCGAGUGCGCGCGAGAGCAUCAGCGACGAGAUUACGCGCUUCACCCUCGUGAGCGAAGACGUGUCCGACAUGCUUUGCGGCGGGGGCGGUGAAUCAGACGACCACGUGUCAACCUUCUCUCCCGCGAGCGAUGGCACCUUCACCGCUCCCCUCCCCUCUCCGCUCCCCAUCGACAACGCCAACACCGCCGCCAACACUGUGCACACGGGUGGGCACGACGAACAGGACAUGGAUCAACGCCCCGAUCAGGGCAACAACACCAACACCAACACCGGCAUCAGCAUCGGCCGUGACGGUGCGGAGGGUGUGGGUGGCGAGGUGAUGCGUGGGCAUGAAACCGCCUCGUGUCAUGACGACGGCAUGCCUGAGCCCACAAUCAGUGGCCGCAGCAGCAGAAACAGCAGGCGGCGCCACAGCCAGCAGCAGCGCUUGCCCAUGACGCCCGUGAGCAUGAUGCAGACGCUCGCCAUGAACACCCCAUCGCCAUCACCGCGCCGCGCUCACAACCACGAUCACAACCACAACAACCAGCACCAGCACCAGCACCAGCACCCGCAGCCGCAGUACGACCAUCACAGCCAGCGGGUGUUUCGCUUCUCGCCCUCGCUGCCUGAGAGCGGUCCGCCCUCAGCCCCGCCCUCUCGCCCCCACUCUAGUCUUGCUGGCACCACCAGCAACAACAGUGGUGGUGGUGGUGGUGGUGGUAUGACCAUGCAUGAGCCACCCACCUCGUUCACGGCGCUCUCGUCUUCAGCGUCGUCGCCGGCUGUACCGGGGACAUCAGCGGCAACCACACACACAUCCUCGUCGUCUUCGUCGUCGGCGUUUAUGUCCAUGCGCACACGUGCGCGUCUGUCCGUGUCGCUGAACAACGUUGCACGCACGAAUGCAUCUUCAUCUUCAUCAUCAUCAUCAGCAGCAGCAGCAGCAGCAGCAUCUUUGGGGUUUGGUGUGAACACCAACGCCUCCUCUGGCGUGACGUCGACGUGCACCACGCCAACAUCAUCUGCCCCGCUCUCCGCGCGGUCGUGUGGCGCGCUGCUGCAGAAACAGCCGGUUGCCUUCACCUUUGAUGGCGACAGCCAGCCGUCCUCCACCACCCACUCAUCCCCAGUGAAGCUCACGCAGCAGCCCGCGUUUACGUUUGACCACCACGCGCCGUUUUCUUCGUCGUCGGCGUCGUCGCUGUCCGUGUCGUCGUCGUUGUCGUCUUCGCUCACGUCUGUCGUGACGCAUGCACCACGUGGCAUGCCCGCACGUCCUGCUGCUGCACAGGGCACGGCGGCGCCCACAGCGGCCCAGUCCCAGCGCAGAGCCGCCAACCACACCACUGACGACGCGGGCGUGGAGGGCGAGCGAGAUGGAAACGCCGCGGCACCUGUUGCAGAUGCGCGCCCGUGCCUGUCACACCCUGCACCAAUGUGCGCCCUUCAACCCCGCACCGCCAGCAACGAUGGUAACAACGACAACGCUGACACCGGCAGCAGUCGCAGUGGAAGCUGCUGUCGCCACUCUGAUGAUGCUGAUGGUGGUGUGGGUGAGCGUGCACGCGCGUACAGCGGAAGCGAGAUCCAGCAGGGGAUGACACGUCGGCCGCCACACAAGCUGCGUCGCUCACGCAGCGAAAACUGUAAGGUGCGCCGUCGCCUCACGGCCCUUGCGGCGCCUGUGCCUGCAGGCAACCAUGACAUCACCCAAGGUGAUGCGGGCCGCAACACAGACAACGACAGCGGUCCCCGGUACCAGCGCCACCAACAACAGCAACAACAGAUGGGCGUGGCGGCGCUGGACGCCGAUGAACACCACCAAAUGCAUGCAGGCACGGCAGUGAUUGCAAACGAUUACACGCGUGAGGACGAUGGCCAGUGCAAGCGCGGCGGUCUUGGGCAGCCAGGCCGCAGCCGCAGCCGCAGUGGUAGCGGUAAUGGUAGCCGUGGGCGCGGGAGCGUAUCGCAGAAGCGAAAAUCAGCCACGCUUGAUCGUGGGCUGCUGAUGCAGCGCUCAUAUCGACAGGUGGUGCGUGAUGGCGUGCGUAGUCGACAACUGGAGCAACUGCAGCAACUCCAGCAACGAGAGGUGGGCAAGCAGCAGGUUGGUGUGUGCUCGCCUGACAGCGCGAUUGUGAGCCACCACGGCUCCCUCUCGAACGACAGCGGGCUGGAUGAGCUGGAUGACACGACGCUACUCAAGGCAUCGAAGAAAUGCGAUUAUCGGAACACACCCGCACGCAUGUCCCAUCGCCCGCCCUCCUUGUCGUCGUCGCUGCCUUCGCUGUCGUCCUUGUCGACCCCAACGAGCAGUAGCACCACCAUCAACGACGCCGAGAACAACACCACCACCAAUAACAACACCACCACCAAUAACAACAGCAGCAGCAGCAGCAGCAGCAGCAGCAGCAGCAGCAGCAGCAGCAGCAGUGGCAGCAGCAGCAGCAGUGGCAGCAGCAGGAAGAGCGGCAAGGCAGAGCUGUUUCAGCGGCGUGGCGUGUUUCGCUCCUCGCCUCAGCGGUCUGCGUCCUUCUCCUCGUUUUCGUCUGGCGUGUUUUCGCGCGCGUCGUCGUCGUCACUCUUCACGCCGCCCGCAACCGCCCACGCAUCGGACGCAGACACAAAGGACAGCAGCACCAGCGACAGCGCCAGCACCACGUCUGUGUUUUCGCCGACCUCUGCCCAGUCGCUCAAGGCAUUUCGAAACAGGGGAAGGCACCAACAACAACAACAACAACAACAACAACAACAACAACAACAACAACAACAACAACGUCAACAACAACAACAACAACACCAACAACAACAACAACAACAACAACAACAACAACACCGCGGGCACAACAACAGCACUGCCGGUUCAGCAGAGGUGGAUGAGCAGGCGGUGUGCGUGCUUGUGCGCUCCCCUUCACCCAUUCCCACACGCACAUGUGAGGAGGAUGAGGAUGAAGAGGAAGAAUGCGAAAAGCGAAAUGAGGACACGGCAGCCGCAACAGCACAUCCGCAAGGGGAGUUGUUGGGCGGUGUUGGCAUUGUUGUCGAGGAGGAACAGGAACACCGAGAUGGUGACAUUGCACAUGAGGAUUGUGGUGUCAAUGGUGAUCGCCGCGGCGGCGGCAUUGCAACUGCGCCCAUGUCACCGGUCGACGAAGCCGACGAGGAGCAGUGUGGAGACCACAGCUUUGGCAGCAUGGGUGCGCAAGUCCUUGGUGCUGACGCUGGUGCGUCGCGUGGGGAUGAUGUGGCUGCUCACGCAUCCUCCAUGGCCACGCCCCCAGACUUGUUUGGGCUCCACGGGCGCCAGCAGCACCAGCAGCAACACCAAGGGCAUCUGGAUGUGACGAACCAGAGCCUGAACGAGUCGUGCAUGAGUGCAAACGCGAGCUUCCUUGGAUUUGGUGGACCAAACUCCGCACACAGAGGCAGCGGCCAUCGGGACGGCGGCAGCGGCAAAGGUGCUGUUGGUGUUGGUGUUGGUGUUGGUGGUGAUGAUCGUGGGCGGUGUCGCGGGAAAGCGCCGCCGCUGUUUGCACCCACGCUGGCUGCUGCCAUUGAACAGAGUCCGGGCUGCGGUGUGGCUGAUGGCGCAAGCGAUGUCCACACCACAAGCCAUGACAACAGCACCAGUUCCAUCAGCCAUGCGAUGAUGAUGGCGGUUGCAGCAGCGAAAGAGCCGGCAGCGUCGCCGACAUCAUCCUCAACGCCACUGUCGUCGUCGCUACUGACACGGAGCCGGUCGCUGUCUGGUCCGUGCCAACGAAGUGGCGCCUUUACUGUCACGCGGCCCGGGAUGCUGCCGUCACUACAGGUGUUGCGCCACAGCGGCAACCAUGACAGCAGCAGCAGCAGCAGCAACAGUGGCACUAGCGAUGGCAGUGUCGGUGGUGUCGGUAAAGGUGUUCAUGCGCAACAGCAGGAAGGGGCUGGGGAGGUGGUUCGCGGCAGACGAGAGGAGGUGACGAGCGCACAGGCGAUGGCGGAGAGUCGUGAGGAGAAGGAGCAGGAGGAGGAGCGAGAUGUGGACGCACGGGCAUUCGCUGAUGAGGGCGACACGGCUGAGCUUGACAUGCUGUUUGAUGCCCCUGACACGUUCGCACCACAGCAGCAUCGACCACCGCAGCACCGGGUGUGGGCUGGCAGGCACCGCGAGCAGAUGUGCCGCCACGCGUCCAUCUGUGCGCCGGAGCACGCCGUGGCCAACUCGAUGCUGCGGGCGAUGGGUGGUGGUGCAAUCAUGCGCGGGGUGAUGCGUGGACACGGCAACAACACGCAGGGCAACAACGCCAGCGCCGGCAUGGCGGAUGAUGGCGCUGAUACUGGCAAUGUUGCGGGUGGUGGUUGUUGUGAUGAUGAUGUUAAUGCAGAGAGUGGUACUGUCGAUCCUCGUCACCGUCACCAUGCUCAGUUCCAGCCACAACAACAGCAACAACAUGGAGAGCAACAUGGAGAGCAAGCACGGUGGGCUGGCUGGCACGUUGGUUUUGAUGCAUCAGAGGCGAUUGCGUCAUUCGCAACCGUUCAUGCGGACAUGAGCAGGCCGCGGCGUCACUUUGCGUCCACAAGAAUGGCGCAAUCAUCAACAAGUGCAUUAUCAUCAGCAACAGCGACAGCGACAGCAACAACAAACGUCAUGAGCACGGCAUUCACAUCCAGCAACCCAACAACAACAACAGCAACAGCGACUGCACUGGCGACGAUGGCCACGGCGUCUUCGAGCACGACAACGGCGAUGAUGGGGGUGGCGGCGGCGCUGUCGCCGGCCCACGUUGCCCGCAUGCACUUUAGACAGCGCAACUCUCGCUCCAUGCCCGACAUCAGCACACAAUCGGCUGUUGACGAUCACGACAUGCUGCACCGUCGCCAGCUGUGCAAGCAGCACGGCCCAAACGCAGCGGCCCCUGUUCUUCCCAACGACCUCAGCGUGCGCGGUGAUUUGCUCAAGAAGUGCAUGCUGGACACCCUCGACGAACCGCAUAAGCUGAAUGCGAACAUCCGGUGUGUGUCGACGGCGACGGUCGCGUCUCUGCUGCGCGGUGCGCGACCAAACGGCCUGAAGAACUUCUUCAUCAUCGACUGCCGCUUCCCCUUUGAACACAGGGGCGGACACAUUGUCGGGGCACGCAACUGGUGGAUGCGCGAGCACAUUCUCGGCAACUUCUUCAGCAACCCGGUGCUGAUGGAGGACCCAGAGCAUGUCGCUAUCAUCUUCCACUGCGAAUUCUCCUCCCACCGCGCCCCGGGCCAGUACGCGUUUAUGCGCGAGGUUGACUUGUACCUGACGCGCGAGCAUCCAGAACUCAUCUACCCCGAGAUGUAUGUGAUGGCGGGCGGAUACAAGAAGUUCUUUAGCGAGUUUCCGUCCCUGUGCGAACCGCGAACCUACCUGCCCAUGAAAGCGACUGCGCACAAGCGCGACUGUGAUCAGAACGAAAACAGCUUGGCCAAGAGCAGGCUCGAGGCUGAGCGGUGUUCGUGGAAGGCGAACAUUGGGCAGUUGAAGCGGGAGAUUUCCAACAACGGGCUCAGGGCGUGGUGCGACCACUGCCACCGCAACAACCCACACACGCAGGACACGCCAACCACCGAGCCCAUGACCCCACAGGCCCAAAUCCUGCUCAACUGA